GCAGUGCGAACGCGGCAAGCGGCAUAAGUUCCCAGUGUCUCCGUGUGUCUCGGUGUCACCGCCAACGUUCGUUCUCCGAUCCGGUAUUUUGUUCUUCCUAAAUCGCAAAACAUAUCCCUAAUAUAUCCAUCCAUCAGAUGAUAUAUAUAGAGAGAGUUAUCGGGCAAGCGACAGAUAAACAAUUUUUGAGUGCUUAUACAAUAAAUAAACAAAAAGAAAACGCUAAAGCAAAUUCUAGUUGCAACAAUUUGAAUAUGUGCCACAUUAAUAAAUAACUUGAAAUUACAAUAAAUCACAAAAAAAAAACACACACACAAGCUUACACUUUCUUGGGAUUAAAAACAAACCAGAGAAAUCAGAUAUAACUUCACUCAGGAUAAAAGAAGAGAGUACCGGUCCAAGGAUAUAUCCCACAUACACCAGCAAAAUGGUCAACAAACAGUAUACGGCCAACGAUCUGGAGGCUUUUAUGAAGAUAGCCGCCAACUGGCAGAAUUCCAAUCACAGUUUGCUGGAGGGCGUCGACUUGAAGACGGAGAUGACACAAUACAUGAACAAUCCAUCGAUGAACAUGUACAAGAAGCGGGAACGCACCCAGAACUGGAAUCACCAGGAGAAGAAAUAUCUGCUGGAUCUGUGCCGGAAGGAUAUGCGCAUUAUUGAGAACAAGCGAUUGGAUGCCGGUCUCACGGCCGUCAAGAACAAGGCCUGGAAGAUCAUACACCAGAAGUUCUCCAAUCAAUUUGGCACCGAUCGCACCUGCAAUCGCCUCAAGGAGCAGUGGCGCCGCAUGAAGGCCUGCACACGGAAUGAGAUACUCGACUAUAACAAUCGUCUGGCCAGGUUCGGACCAGAGGUGGCCGAUCGCAAGAAGCCGUCGCCGUUCACCUUCGAGGUGUGGGAUUUUAUGCAGGAGGCGAAGAAGGCCUGCAAGUCGGAGGCCUUGGAUGGCAUUGACUAUUCAAAGAUUCCAUUGGCACUGGAGGAGGGUUUCGAGUACCGCGAGGACUACAAAUUCAAUGGGGAUGAGCACGAAAUGGAUGACAGCCGUACCCCACCCCAGGAGAUGUGCGAUGUGGACAUCAAGGAGGAGGAGCACAACGAGACCUUUGAUGAGAAAUACAACAGUCACCAUCUGAACCAGAGCGACAUCCUAGGCGGGGGCGAGCGUCUGAGUGUGUCACCCAAUCACAGUCGCAACGGAAUCCUCGAUGCCGAGAGUCCUGCCACAGUCUCGACAGCCGUUGCCCUCGAUGCGAGUGCCGGCGGGGGCGGCUUUAUGACGGCCGGACCCGACAUGUCCGGCUUCCAGGCCAACUUCAACAUGAACAACAUAUCCGCCACGCUGGAGGCUCUCAAUGCCUUGAGGUCUGGCCAGUUCCCCAGUGCGGCAGCUGCUGCCGCCGCCGCCAUCCAGCAGCACCAGGCUCAGGCACAGGCACAAGCUCAGGUGGUCGCCCUGCAGCACCAGCACAAGAGCACCAACAAUAACAACAACAACAAUAAUGAGGACGAUGAUGAUCUGCUGAAGCCCUCGCCCAAGCGUCGGCGCACCAACAGUGGCAGCGUGUUGGGCAUCGAGGAUCAGCCGCAGUCUCUGACCACAUCUAUGCCGCCAUCGACGGACUGCCAGGCCCUUGAGCGAUCGAGCAGCAGCAGCAACGGACUUGGCAUUGGCGUUGGCGUUGGCGUCGCGCCGGCCAGCCCCAGCAGCAGCAACUUCGAGCUGCGCCUGUUCAUGGAGAUGCAGAGCAAGGAGCACAUGAUGCGCAUGAAGAUACUCGAGGUGCAGCUGCAGUCGGCCAAGCACAGCCGUGACCUGAUCGAGAUCAACAAGACCCUGGCGCUGCAGAAGCUGCAGGAGCUGGCCAGCAAGCGGCUGCCCAGUUAGGACACAGUGCGUCAGCCGAGCAGCGUUUCAUGUUAUGUUAGUUGUAGCCUUAACACACGACUCCAUGGCUCCGUUCGUAGCAGGCAGAGGGCGUAGCUGGAGAUCGGCUAGAGUUAGCGAUAGAGUUUUACACCUAAGUUUAGAAGCAGGAUUCAUAUCUAUCCACAACACAGACACACACGCACACCAACACACACACACACAGUCACAAACAGAGACACCGAGUUGCAUGCUCCACAACAUUCCUGGCAUUGUUGAUCAGUAUUUGAGAAGCUAGAAGCGAAAAUCCGAACACAGAACCCAACCAAGCCACAGAUGGAUAGGGAGAGGGAGGAGGAUCAGGAGGCGCUCGAAAGUAUGCCAUAUUUCUCUUGCUCGCCCAUAAAGCCUACCUCACACACCACACAUCCAAAAACACACAAAUACGCAGACACGCACACACACACACACUCUUCUGGCCUCACCAGCACUUGACCAAGUCAAGUCAAGUUUUAGCUUGUAGUUUUAGUUCGUACGGGAAUAUCAUUCUCCAAGUUGCUCAACUACCACAAAUGUAUUGUACUUACGUUCUUGACAUCAGUUUUACGUUCUGCUACCACCACUAACGAUCUGCUUAUAUAUAUAUCACCAUAUAUAUAUGUGUGUAUAUCCGUAGGCGAUUCUUUUUGUAUACCUAAGUUAAUCCGAUAUGUGGGAGGAGCACUAGUAUGUGCAGCCCCACAAAUAGCAGUCGUCUUUUGAUUUUGAUUUGAACUUGUAUUUAUUUUAUCUUUGUAUAGACUUUAUGUUGAUAUGUGUAUACCCAGCCGUAUGCCCUGAUGUUUAUUUGAAUGCCAUAUUAAAUGAAAGUUCAUUUCAAUAUUUUAUUUUCCAUUUGCGCUGCAAAACAAAUUGUUACCAUAUAUGAUAAAAACAAAAAAACAACCACCCCUAUAUACAUAUAUCGUAUGUUUUUAAGAAAGCUCCCCAAUAUCAGGCAGGUUUUUGUAGGAAGGAAGGAAUCCCUCGAACCUGAAAGGCUUCUAUGUAAAUGAAGAAUACAAAUUAUUUUAAAUAAAAAAGAGGAAAGAACAAAAA